AGCAGAGCAAGUAAGCACGAAGAAGGUCCACCGCACUCCUUUUAUACCGACUUCUCUCCGCAAAACCCCGGGAAGUGCUCUCCCUCCCCCUCCCUCUCCCUCUCCCCCUUCCUUCUCUCUGUAUAUAGCUAGCCUUCUUCCUGAAAUAAUCUCUCCUCCCUCUUCUCUCUGUCACCUUUUCGCUUCCAACAACACACAAAGCGAAGUCAUGAGGUGGCUUAGUAUUUGACCCUUUAAAUAACCGUUUGGUUGGACCAUGACAAUGUCUGUGGAGGAUUCCCAGAGUUUCGUGGCAUGGGAGGAGCAAACUAUGUGCAGCGAGCGGGGUAGAAGGUUGGUCCACUAUUAUAUGAGGAAAGCAAGUGGGGAUUCAGUGCUCAGUGUUGUCGGGACAGAGAGGAGUAUUAGGCACAUGGUAUACGUGGGCACGGAUGAGCUUCUGCGAAUGUUUGGGACCCACAGGUUGAUCAAGGCCUCAAGGAAGUGGCGAGCUAGAUGGGAAGUCGUGGACCUGCUCAAUUCCUUGGUUUCAGACCUGCUGUACCUUCUUCAGUAAUCUCUCGAGAGAGAAAACCUUCUUCAGCAGAAUUCUAGGAUGGAAGACUUAGCAGAUCGUCUCCCAUCAAGUGAACAAUUGGCUUCACGAAAGCUGAGAGCUGGGACCGAGGAGACUAAGUGGUCAGGUGAUAAUUGGUUCUGUGCUAACCAGCUCAAGCACUAUACAGCCUUUUGCAGGAGUAAUGUGACAAUAACUGUCCAUUCUUUUGUAUAUAUUAUGGCUGAAGUAGAUGAAGAAAAGGGGCAUUAUCUUGGUUAUCUCGAAGACAUGUAUGAGGACAAGAAGGGACUGAAAAAGGUCAGAGUGAGAUGGUUCCACCUCACUCAGGAAAUAGUACAUAUGUUCCCGCAGUUUCACCCGUGUCCUCGAGAAGUUUUCAUUACGCCUCAUGUUCAGGUGAUAAGUGCAGAAUAUGUGGAGGGCCCUGCAACUGUCCUAACACCAGCGCACUAUAAAAAUUUCUUAGCUACUCCCUUGCAGAGGGCUCCUCCAGAAAUCCUCACAUGUUGUCGGCGGUUAGAGAACAAUAAAAUCAGACCUUUCUCUCUCUCCUGGUUGCAUGGCUACUGCGACCAAGAAGUUGUCUCUCUUCUUGAUCCAACUUUGGGCUCAAGGUCCAAAUUCAGGGGAGGUAAUGGGAACAGUGAUGAUGGCGAUGAGCUCUCUCACAUCGACGGCGUUCUAUCAAAUGGGCCAAGGGUCCAGGUAUUGAGACCUGUCUGUUCAGAGUCGAGAUUGAAAAUACGAAAAGGAGUGGCAGGCAUGAAAAUUAGCAGGUGUCAGGUCUGGAAAAAGUCGCUGAAUAAGAUCAAAGUCAGAUACGAGGAUGUGAUGGGAGUUGAUGAUUUUGUCGUGCUAGAGGAGUGGGUCCCUGCGUCGAGGGUAGCAAAUCCUGAUAAGCUGGGAAUGAGGUGCUCUGGCCGCAAAACUAUUAGGCCUUCUCCUCCCAAGGGAGUCACUGGCGACUGUACUUUUGAGAUUGGAUCGCCAGUGGAUGCAUGGUGGUGCAAUGGGAGGUGGGAAGGUGUUGUGAUUGGACGCAUCUCUGUACCCGAUAAAGUGCAGGUUUACCUUCCUGUUGGUUCUCGAUAUUGGUUUCUUUCCCUGCACGAGGUUUGUGAAUUUUGUCUACUGAUUCAUCUUCUAGGGGAAGACAGGAUCCUGAGUCUGGAGAAGAGAUACUUUAGGAAUUCCAGAAACUGGGUCGAUAACAGAUGGGUCGAGAUUAAGCCGAAACUGGACAUAGUCUCUUUCCUAUAUUCAAAUGGAUCUCACAGGCUUCCCCUGUGCUCUAAUAGCAUGGAAGAACGGGAAGAGCUGCCCCCAUUGAAGGAUGUCAGUGGUCCCUCAACUCCCAAUGCCAGAGUCAUCACAGAAGAUAAACAAGAAUCCCCAGGGGAAACUCACACCAUUGCACAGAUGAGCGAAGAAGCAGUUUUGUCUCAGUGAUGGGGAUGACACAUAACAAUAACAUGAUGUAUAAAAAGAGAAGGAAGAAAACAGGAGGAGGUGAUGGUAAAGUGUAAUGAUGAUGUUGGUGGUCAGGGAAGAUGCAUUUGAUCUUAUGAUAGAACGGUUAAAUAUAGUUAAUGUGGUUCGAGUCUUUGGCUGGGAAAGUUGAUUGUCAAAGAUCGGGUUCGACAAGUACUUGUAGAUAAUAGAUAUGUCAUAGGAGUGGGAGCAACCCCUUUCUUUCUUUUGUUAAGGGGAAUUAGCUGCUAACCACAGCAGUAACAGAGCAUAUAGCUGAAGAGGCAGAUAAUAGAUGAGCUGAGGGGCAUUUUGACUUUUUGUUGGGUACUUUCGUCUCAGCCACUGGGCAUUUACUCAUAUUAACAGAACCUGUAAAUCUCAGUAGUAUUAAUCAUGCAAUGGAAUUCACAGUUCCAUGCUU